AUGAGCGCCGGUUCCAGAGCUUCCGGUUCGGAUGAUGAGCCUUUAGUGCCCGAAGAUUUCGAUGAUGAUUUCUAUGCGAAUGUAAUGGAUAAAGUACCUGAGAUUACCAAAGCCCUGCGCCAGAAGGACACACACGAAAAUGCGGAUAAUGUGCAACGUUUGGUCAUAUGCUCGAAUCGCUAUAAAUCAGACUGGCAAAUGGAGCAGCUCCACUGCCAGGAACUCAGCAAUGAGAUAGAGCGCUUGAAAGACCGCCUGGAUCAUGUCAACAAACUCAGUAAAAUGGAUCUGGCGACAAUAGCAGAGCUGCGUACAGUUAUCGAGAGCGCUUGGAUGCAAAAGGACGCCGCACAAUCACGUGAGCAGCUCGCGCAAGAUGAAAUGUUGAAGAUGAGAGAAAAAAUGGACUCACUCGAGCAGAUGGUAGAACAUUUAAGCGAUAAACGUUCGGGCUUGCAGAGCAAACGCGACGAACAGAGAGAACGUGAAAAACUUAAUAAUGAGAUCCGUGAGCUCAACAAACGUCUACAAAUACAACGUCUCUAUACCACCGAAGUUGAAGCAAUGACGCAAACCCUGGAGGAGAAGAAUAAAGCAAUGAUCAAAAUGCUUGAUGAAACCUCCAAUGAAUCAUACAAUAAUCGUAAACGAUUGGAUGCGCUUGAAAAAGAGCUUGCACAAUCGCGCAGUGAGGAAGCCAAAUCCAAAGAGAAGAUCCAACAAAUCAAAGUACAAAAUGAGCAGCUGACCAAACUGAAGGUGCGACAUAAUCUACAAAUACUCUCGCUGAAAACUAAUCUGGAACAUCUGAAUACUCAACACAACACGACAAGCAACAAACUGGCUAAGACCACAGUAGAGCUCGAGUAUGCGACACAGGAACGGGAUGAGAACAAACGAGCGCUAACACAGCGCAUCAGCUUGUUGAAGUUGCGUGAGGAUGAUAUUAUCAAGCUGAAGCGCGAAAAUGCGAAGCUAGUCAAGUCGGAGGAGAAUACAUCGCGGAAAUACGCCGCGCUAAAUGACGCGCGUGCCAAAGCGGAGGAGGAAAAUGCACGUCUGGAAUCCCAGCUAAAUACACAGGAUAAGGAAUUGGAAUCGUUGCGGCGCAUUGUGCAUCAAUUCGAGAAGAACAAUGAACACUUAACUAAGGAGCGGGACGCGCUAAAACGUGACUUGUUCGUCCAACAUCACACAGUCGAACAGACAGACGAACAGUUUCAGAAAUCACAACACGAAAUCAAGUCGCUACAAGAAAUUAUAUCUGCCAUGGAGGUGCGCCAGAAGAAAAUGCAAGAGGACAAUGUGAAGUUGAAGAAAGAGAAGGCAAAGAAAGUGGAUGAGAUACAAGUUUUUGUAGAUAAAAUCGAUGCGCUGCAAAAUGAGAUACAAUUGAAGGAAAACUAUGAGAUUGAGCUUAAGCGCACAAUAAGCGAUCUUGAGCAGAAAGCUAACAAUCUGUCGCGUCAGCAAGACGCGCUGUUGAACGAGAAAAACAGUAUUGCUCGUAACCUACAGGCCUCCGAUGAGAAGCAUGCCAAGUUGGAACAACAAAUCGCCAAACUGCACGACAACAUCGAAAGCUAUAAAAGCAAGGUCUCGCUUCGAGAUAGCGAAAUUGGUCGACUGCAACUACAAAUCGACAAGCUGGAGAAAGAACGACGCUUGCUAAAGACAGAGUUACGCUACACGCAGCUGGGGCAUCAGCACACACGUUGUGAACUGCAGGAGCGCAAGAAGGAAUGCGACAAGAAUACCAAGUCCCAGCAUGAUGACAACCAAAAGUUAUCGCAACUCAAACGUGAACUCGAGCGCAUCAGAGACGAAAAGAACACCGUCUCUGUGGCGCUCACCAAAUGCAAUGACGAGUAUGCGCAGCUGAAAGAUCAGCUGCAAACGCUACAAACGGCUUACGAUCAAACGGCCAAGCACUACGCACAAGGACAAGAGGAUAUGCGUCUAAUGCGCGUAGAGAUCAAGAACUUGCGCACGGAACGUAAUGUGUUGCGCAAGGAUCGAGAAAAUGCCGCAGAUUUGCGGCAGGAACUACUACAAAUGCAUAGGCUACUCAAUCAGGAGCGCAUCAAAGCGCGUGCCAUGCAGGAGGAGAUGCUGACACCGAUGAAUAUACACCGUUGGCGCAAUCUGAAGGGACGUGAUCCAGAGAAAAUGGAUCUCAUAAUGCGAAUACAAUCUUUGCGCAAGCAAAUUCUGCAACAAAAUGUGUCAGCACUGCAGCAAGAGCAAGCGCUCGAGGAGUCGCAGCGGCUGUAUGAAGCAUUGAAGGAGUUCAUGCUGAAACUGCCGAGUCAUAAAGUGCGCGCGGAAUUAAAUAAUGUGAAAGCUACUUUGUCCGGCAAAGAGCGUAAGCUUAAAGCGCUUAUGGCUGAGCUCCAAGUGAAAGAAUUAGAUGAGAGAACUAAUUCGCAAAAGUUGGAAGAAUUCAAGGUGCGCCUCACCGAUGCCAAAUCACAACUUAAUCAAGAACGAAGACAAAAACAAAAACUGCUCGAAGACCAACAGCUGCUGGUGCAAAUGCAGGCGCAAUGCUUCUCAGCGCCGCCAAAUAUACAACGCACAUUGGGCGCUGGCUUCAAACUUAUUAGUGGAGUCUGA